AUGUCUGCUGCCCAAGACGAGUUCAACCAGCUAGUCGCCAACAACCGAGCCGCAUCCAAAUCCCACCCAGAGGACGCCCACGCCUCUUCCUCUGAGCCAGAUCACUCGGACGACGAGCCCAGCACCUCUCGACGCCGGCUGCAGCGCAGCAGAGCCGCAGACUCAGACUCAGACGCGGACGAACGCCCUGACAACAUGGUCUCCUCACGCAACUACCAUGUCCCCACCACCGUCUUCGACGCCAACACGGGGCCCAAGGGCGUCAUCGCCGACGCCCAGGCCUUUGAGAAGGCCCGCAAGAAGUCCUUCCGCCGCACCCUGCUCUCUGUCGCCGGUCUCGACAGCAACGGGCCCAUCCUCGGCAGCGGCUCCCACAAGUCCACCCGUGACGAGCCCUCCGGCCGCCGCACCCCAGCCGACGGCUCGUCCGGUAGUGAUGACGAGGAGGAGCGCUUCAUGCGGAAGUGGCGCGCGUCCCGCAUGCAGGAGCUGCAGAACCGCUCCAUCCGCCGCUCGAGCCCGCGCGGCCGGGUCUUUGGCAAUGUGGAAACCGUCGAUGCUGUCGGGUACCUCGACGCCAUUGAGAAGGUCACUAGUGAUACGGUUGUCGUGGUCAUGAUAUUCGAUCCAAGGAACGACGAGAGCAAUAUCAUUGAAGAAUGUCUCUCCAAUAUCGCGCGGCGCCAGCCUCUCGUUCGCUUCGUCAAGCUGCACCACGAGAUCGCUGAGAUGGACCACAUCCAGGCGCCCGCCCUCCUGGCCUACCGCGGUGGCGACGUCUUCUCUACUAUUGUGGAUAUCCUGCGCAACAUCCCCAGGGGCCGCAGCCCGAGUGCUGAUAGUCUGGAGGAUCUGCUGAAGCUCAACCGUGUGCUAUGA